AAGUUUAAAAAAAAGGGUAAAUGCAGGAUGGAGUUUUCGGGCUAUACACAGAUUGUAUACAAUAAAAUAAAGAAAAUUGAACCAGAAAAUGCGUUGAAAGUCAUAGGAUACAUCCUAUUGCAAGACCAUGGUGCACAGGAAAUUGCUCAACUGGCAAUUUGUCCUGAUGUUGUUAUCCAGGAAGUAAUCCAUAGAAUCAAAGUUGAACUCCAACAGUUGCCUCUUAAAUCCGGAUCGCCUCCGAUAUCCCCGACGAUGAACUCGGUCCCCGGUUCGGAAUUAGUCUCGCAGUUCACUGCUUUCUCACCGCCAGUCCCGUCCGGUACACAGUUCUUGAGCUUGGAGGAUCAGAUGGGAUCUUUGAACUUAAGAAGUGAUAAUGGAUUUUCACAUGAUUAUUGUUACUGUAAUGUUGGAGUAAGACCGGGACUACGUCGACAUCAAAACGUGCUCGAUUUUCCAGUUAAGACCUGCCAUUAUUUUAACAAAGGCUACUGCAAGUAUGGAAGUAAUUGCAGGCACCUUCACGGCCAAGUCUCGGAAAACUUCCCUCAAACGUAUGGCCAGUUGGAUGCUGCUGCUAGUUGUGAAGAUAAUAUUAUGUCACUCGAGAAAUUAGAGAUCGAAUUAGUUGAUAUCCUGAAAACGAAGAAAGGGGAACCGGUUUCGAUUGCGUCUCUACCAUUGUUAUAUUACGAGAAAUACGGUAAAGUUCUGCAGGCAGAUGGUUAUCUCACAGAGAGCCAGAGACAUGGAAAAGCAAGCUAUAGUUUGACAAAGCUUCUCGCUCGAUUGAAAAAUGCUAUUCGAGUAAUAGACAGGCCUCAUGGACAACAUGCUGUCAUUUUGGCUGAAGAUGCUCUGAAGCAUAUGGAAAAUCGAAAUGAUCAAAACGAUCCAGGUCCGAUCCUCAAUGAAUCGAGGCAGAUAUAUCUUACAUUCCUGGCCGAGAGCACAUUUAGUGAAGAUGAUAUCUCCACCUAUUUCAGCAGCAAUUACGGACAAGUCGAAGAUGUUCGGAUCCCCUGCCAACAGAAACGAAUGUUCGGGUUCGUAACCUUUGUCAGCGCAGAUACUGUGAAGAUGAUUUUGGCUAAAGGAAAUCCACAUUAUGUCUUCGGAGCUCGUGUUCUCGUAAAACCUUACAGGGAGAAAUCAAAGCAGGCUGACAGGAAGUACCAGGAACGAAUCGAGUCUCCGAUGUAUUAUUCUCCACAUUACAUGGACGAGCAACCUGAGCUUCACUCAAUUUCAAGAGGAUAUGCAACGUCUAGGUUGUUCCGUGAGCAGCUUAUCGAAGAUCAAGACCAAAUCUUUCAACUUCAGAGAAGACGUCCUUCGGAGAUGCAUUCGGCACAAAAGCCUCUGGCCCAUCAGUCCUUUGGUUACUUCAUGGAUGAGUUAAAAGUGUCGGAAGAACAACUCGAUUUCCCAUUGGCGGAGUUCAAUUAUCUCUUGGAAGCCCUCAAUACCAGCACUGCAUCUGAUGUAAAAACCAAACAUUUAGAGACUAACAACAAUGACCAAGAGAGCGAAGGAUAUAAUCUGCCGGACAGCCCUUUUGCACCCACCAUAGAAAGCAGCGGCGUUUCGGCAGCCAUUUAGGCCGAGUGAAACACAUGGUAGUGGUAGUUAGAAUGCCAGUUUGAAAGAUAACACCUGCAAAUUUAUACAUGAGCAAACCAGUUUUCUUGGGUUUCCCAUCGGUUUACAAGAAUCGGCACGGCAAAAGAACAUAAAAGUGAUGGUUCUACACUUUUUUUAAAAUGUUGAUGACAGGAAAAAGAGAGGUAUGACAUGUUUAGAAGAGGAUGCAGUGUAG